GUUCUUACACAAUCGGUUAAGGGGCUGAAUUUGAAAAAGACUUUGUAAUCUUCAUUUCUUUUUCAUCCAAAAACAUUCAGCAAGAAAAGGGGAGAACUUGGAAUGUAAUAAUCGUCUUCUUCAAUUGGAAAUGACGGCAGCUGAAAUCAACUUAAGACUGUGCUUGUGCUUCACUGAAAAAUCUUCCACCGCGUAAGCCUUUGAAUCUUAUACUUGUUACUUUAUCGUCUGUAUCUCCGAUGCAUCGUCGCCUUUUAUUGUUUAGCCAUCGAACAUUAACAAAUUCCAAACCAGACAUACAGUGGUUUGUUCCUUGCCCUAGAAGAACUAAUGGGUUUAAGAUGUUGUCGUCGUUCAAUUCAACCCAGCAUAAUCGUAGUAGAGGUCCUGACCCGAAUGACCCAUCCACCUUGAUAAAAGAGGACGCAGUUGCUGUCUGUUCCCAGAUGUGGCUCGAUAAUUUUCGGGAACCUAAUAAAACCGAGGCCAAUUUGACUCAGUAUCUGCGUCGAUUUGAGUUAUGGGUAUUGUCUUAUCAGAAGGUUUAUGCAGAUGAUAUAGGUGCUUAUUUGCCUCGAAGUGGAAUACAAAGGUCUGCUCUUGAGGAUCUUCUUGCGCUUCGCAAUGCUGUUCUUGAUGGUAAGUUUAAGUGGGGAGCGAGGUUAGAUUUCUAUAUAAAGUCACCUAGGGAUAAGACUGAGUAUGAAUCUUUAUCGAAGAGGAAGAUUAAGGCGGUUUUGACAACUACACAGCCAAGUCCUUUUCAGGAUAAGAUUGUUCAAGAGGUUCUGUUCAUGAUCUUGGAGCCUGUUUACGAGGCUCGCUUCUCGCCUAAAUCGUUUGCAUUCAGGCCUGGAAGGACUGCCCAUACGGUGCUGAGGGUGAUAAGGAGGAAUUUCGCCGGUUAUUUAUGGUAUAUUAAAGGUGAUUUGAGUACUGUUUUGGAUGGGAUGAAAGUUGGGAUGGUUAUAGGUGCUUUGAUGAGAGACGUUAGAGAUAAAAAGGUUAUUGAUUUGAUCAAGUCGGCAUUGGUGACAUCUGUUGUCACAACUGCACCCCAUUUGGUCGAUACCAAGAAGAAGAAGAAGAGGAAGUAUCAGAAGAAGAGGGUUUUAGCUGACGACGAGCCAAAGCCCGAUCCUUAUUGGCUUGAUUCCUUCUUUGGUUUCGCACCUGAAGAAGCUGAAAAGGUUCCAAAUUGGGGACAUUGUGGUAUCCUUAGUCCCCUUCUUGCCAACAUCUGUCUUGACGAAUUGGAUCAUUGGAUGGAAGACAGGAUCGAAGAGUUCUACCGCCCGUCCAAAACCGACGUCAUUUGGAAUGCUCCUGAAGGGGAAGUUGAACAGGGGAAUACUUCUUGGCCGGAGUUUGUUCCCACCAGUGGUCCAGAUAAGACGAGGAAGAUUGAUUAUAUCCGAUUCGGCGGUCACAUUCUGAUCGGCAUACGUGGUCCAAGAGCUGAUGCUGCAAUUUUGAGGAAAGAGUUAAUCGAAUAUUGCGAUCAAAAAUAUCAAUUGAAACUCGAUAACGAUUGCCUCCCUAUAGAACACAUAACCAAAGGGAUAAUGUUUCUCGACCAUGUAUUAUGCAGGAGAGUUGUGUAUCCAACUCUUCGAUACACAGCAACAGGAGGAAAGAUCAUAAGCGAGAAGGGAGUAGGAACUCUUCUCUCCGUUACUGCUAGCUUGAAACAAUGCAUUAGGCAAUUCAGAAAGCUGAAUUUCCUAAAGGGCGAUAGAGAUCCAGAUCCUCAGCCCUGUUUUAGAAUGUUUCACGCCACUCAAGCUCACACAAACGCUCAGAUGAACAAGUUCUUGGGGACAAUGGUGGAGUGGUAUCGAUACGCUGAUAAUAGAAAAAAGAUUGUGAAUUUUUGUUCGUAUAUUAUUAGGGGUUCUCUGGCGAAGCUUUAUGCUGCGAAAUAUAAACUACGAUCGCGUGCCAAAGUUUACAAGAUUGGUUCGAGAAAUCUUAGUCGGCCUUUGAAGGAUAGAAAAGGAAUUUCGCCCGAGUUUCAUCACUUGUUGAGAAUGGGUCUUGUGGAAUCUAUCGAUGGACUACAGUACACUCGAAUGUCGUUGAUACCUGAGCCAGAUUACAGUCCGUUUCCCGCGAAUUGGAGGCCUGAUCAUGAGAGAACUUUACUUGAAUUGAUUAGUCUCGAUGAUCCAAAGACGAUAGAGGAGCAGAGAACCUCUCUUAGAGAACAGGGACUUGUUUCGCCUCAGGAUUUCAUGUCAAUGCUUGUAUGGAAUUACAAAAAGAUUGGUGUUCUUAGGAAUCAAGAGAAUGAUCAUACCAAAGAAUUGUUAUCUGGAUCCAUCAACAAUAUUAAUGGUGAAGAAAAGGCGGUUCAAGCAGCACAAGUGUAGAACAUAAUUUAUUUUGUAUGCGUCCUGAUUUCACAGAAAGGUUUUUCUUAGAAGUUCUAAUUUGAUAUUAUUCAAGGAUUUUUCUUAGAACUUCUAAUUUGAUAUCAUUUUAGUAAGAUGUGAUUUCAUU